AUGUAUUCUGAAAUUCGACAAAAUGUUUAUAAUGAAUUACAAUUAGCACCUGGUUGGAUUGGUUGUACUGAUCAUCUUAUUAAUUUGUCUGUGCAUGAUGUUGUUCGAAAACUUGAUGAAAAUAUAUUGGAACCUUUCGAAGCAGCUACACAUAAAUUAGCAUCUGAUUCAUCACCAACAAUAUCAAUUGUUUUACCUGUUAUUACAACUUUGAUUACAAGUCUUGAAUAUCGAGAUGCUGAUUCUUCUUUUCAGGAGAAAGUCAAGGAUAAUUUACGUUUGAGUAUCCAAGAAAGAUUUGAAGAACUCUAUGAAGAUAAACUAAUUUUAUUAUGUACAGUGUCGGAUCCACGUUGGAAAGAUUUUUCGUUCCUUAAUCGUUCAUUAUAUCAAAGUCAUAAUGAAACAUUAGUUGUAUGA